UUGCCAUUUUCUUGAUUCAUGCAGAAUACGAACUAUUCUUCAUUUGUUUGGUUUAAUAACGUUGUAUGAUUUUUAUGUAGAACAGGAAAUAACGGCAUCUUUUUCUUUCCGUCUUUAAUCUUACAAUGGCCAUUUAUCCUUAUAUAAUAGAUAUCGAACGUUCAUUGCCUUCGAUUCGAUCUCCGAGAACUUUUGUUUCCGACGACGAAAACUCGAUCAUGACUGGCCGACAAGACAAUAACCCUGUUGCUUCUGUCAAGGCAGAAAAUAUUCAGAAGGAUAUGCAGAAUUUUCAUGGCCAGGAAGAUAGGCUGCAAAGGCAGGAAACUACAAAGCAGUCUAAGCGUUCAGGGCAAUCUUCAAAAUCUCCUAGGCCUCCAAUGGAAAUUUACAGCCCUCGUAAAAUACUAAGCAAAAAUAAUAGCAAAGUACAUUUUGCUGACAGUGUCACAAAGAAAACCUCACCUCCACCUUCAACUACUCUUCCAUCUGAACUUAAAAGUGCUUUGAAGCGAUCAAAAAGUUUCACUGCCAGUGAAGCUAAUGAAAUUGAAAUGAUAGGUUUUGAAAGAGAUGCUUUUCCUGUGGAAUAUCAGGGUCUGAUACGUAGAGCAGUUCUAGAUCCUAAUGCCUUGUCUUGUCAGAAGCUAAUGGAAUUGGUGCGUUUGAUUUGUUGUAAAGCUGUUGAACAUGUGCAGUACGGAGCACCAGCAGCACAGCUUUGUUUCUCAAUAAUAGAAAAGGAACAUGAUCACACAUUUCUUGAAAGUCUCCAAAACUGCUGUCGUGAAUGGUACAACGAGAGAGACAAAUUACUCCGUUCAACAUUUUUGACAUCAGUUGGCAUGACUGCACCUGGAAUGCGGCGAUGGGCUGCUUAUGUGUCAUUUCUCACUGAGCUCUUUCUACUUGUGAAAAAUCAGCAUUGCCAAAUGGGUGAAGCUGUGUCUGGUGGAAAUAGUCCCAUGAACUUAAUGAGUCCUCACCCAAACUCGCCUAUGGCUCAUCUUGCUUUGACACUUCAGACCUUACUUUUUGAAUGUGCAAAUGUCAUGUUGAGGCCAUCAUCUGUCAACAUUGAGGGGGAAAUUGAAGUACUUCGCAGAAUGUUGGUAACAGUUGGUAAGCAGCUGGAAGCAGAUGCUCCCCAACGCAUGCAACAUAUGGUGUCAAACUUGCGUGAUGCAUUUGUUAAUCCGUCCAUAAAUGCACAAAUUCGUAAAAUUUUACUUGAGGUGAUUGAGCUCCAUGCAAGCAACUGGCAGCUGGAUCUGCCUCAAACCUUGUAUUAUUUCCCAUAUACAAGGCUGUUGUGAGAACUUAUUAGAUUUCCUGAGAAAGAAAAUUUAAUAUGGAUAUGCUUGUUUUGUUGUUACAUUUUAGUUUAUGUUAUAAGCUUUUUUAAAAUUGUUUUAAAAGCAGUUAUUUAUAAAUGUAAAAAGUGAAAUUUAUAAAGAGCAACAUGUUUUGUAUGUACAAAGCUUUGUAUUGUUUUAGAUUACUGCACUGUUUUAAAAGUUUAACAAAAACAUUUUCAUAUAAAAAAAAGAAUAAAACUUUGUGUGUAUUGUUAAAAACAUCCUUAGUGUUUUAAAAAUUUCAUCAUAAAUUAUUGCUCACAUUUGCUAAAAAUCUGUUGCAAAACCAGCUGUUUCUUUUGUGUAUAACAUGGCAAUAUUUAAUCACAUUUUUUCAUCUUUCAUUAUCAUCAGUAAAAUAACAACUUUCAGGUAUCAAAAUUUUUAGUUGCUGGUAUAAAUAACCUUACCUUAUAUAUUAGUUAGGCAUGAAAUUAUUCUGAGCCUAGUUUAAUAUUUAUAAUUUAUGUAAAAAUUAAUAGUCUGUAGUUUCUUUAAUAUUUAUUUAAUUUAAAUGACAUUGGUUUUAAUCACAGAAAUAAUUCUGGAACUACUUUUCGAUAUACCCUGUUUCCAAAAGUUAGUCAGUAAACAGAAGAGUGGUGAUAACUUAAAAAGUAUGCAAGCAAAUUGGAUUAAACUUGGUGAUGUUAUUUAUUACGCCACUUUCAAUUUAAAAACAUAUGAAAAUUUUAUACAGAAUAUUUAUAUUUAGUAAUAUCAAUGGGAACAUGAAAUAUCCUAAAUUGAGACAUAAAAAUUAAAUGCAAAAAGAGAAAAAAAAAAUAUUCUCAAUAGUGAGUAUGAUCAUUCGAACAGCAAUACAAGCCUGGCAGCAGUGUCUUAUGCCGUUUAAGAUGUAUAUAAGAUGCAAGGGUAGUAAUGCGCGUUGAUCAAGUAAAGCAGUUCUAAGCCCUUCUAGGAUUUGGGGAGGGGGCAGCAACACACCUCCUGAGAGAGAUGGCAUUCCAUUUGGACUAUAGUUUCUUUAAGAAAUUGUUGCAUGACUCGAGAAAUGUGAGAGCAAGCAUUAUCUGCUUGCAAAAUGAAGGUAUUGCCAACUGCAGUGGAAUAAAGAUGAAAAAUAGGAUCUAGUAUGUCAUCUCUGUACCUCUGAGCAUUGAGAGUUCCAUGUGACAGUACAUGAAGGUCUGUAUGCCCAUAUAAAGAUACUCUUUCUCGUGCAAAAGCACUACCUUCUGCAUUUCCGAAUGUUAAAUGGAGAUAUUGAGAGUUUUCUUCUUUCCAUAUGUAAAUACGUAGAGAAUUAAUUAUGUAAAGCAAAGGGGAAUUCAUCAGUGAACAAAACAGACCUCCACCGAUUUUCAUUCCAGUUUAUAUGACUGUGUACCCAAUUUAAAUGCUCACUCCCUUAGCAGGUGGUAUAUGUGACCUGUUUAUGAGCCAGUUUCUAUUAGAAAGUCCUCCAUAAAGGCAUCCAUCCCCUUAGGCAGAUAACCUUUAAGUGCUUUGCCAUAAUCAAAUAAAUCAAACCAGUGGCAGGAGAUAGGUGGAACCUACAGACUUUUUUCAUGCAGUCUCCUGCAUGCUGUCAGAACUGAUACUAUUCUUCCUGUAGUAGAAAUAAGUGUGGAUCUAAGAGAUGUAUUUACAGUCCUGUUGUAAUGCUGGUCCACUGAGUUGAAAAUACUGGUUAUCAGCAUAACUCAUUUUGUCAGUUUUGCUUUCUCAAAAUUGUUGUAAUGUACCAUUGAAUUGCAAUUACCGUUGUAUUGAAUGGCAGUUCCUUUCUAAAAGUUGAUUUUAAGCUGUAUCGUAUUUACGUAAAGUGAUGGUAAUGCCACUAUUUUGUAGAAUGCUAUUUUAAACAGCUUGCUUUUAUUUGUAAUAUGUCCAUAUUUCAAGAAUUUCAAACUACCUUUAGUGGAUUUAUCAUGAUUUUUGUUUGCUCCUUAACUUUUGGAAACCAGUGUAUUUUAGGUAUAUUGCUUUUAUCACCAUUUUAAGAAACAUGAAGCUGUGAAUGUAAGAAAUUUAAUAAUGUACUUAUGUGGCUGACAUUUAAGAAAUUAAGUACUAUAUUUAUGUGGCUGAGGUUCACAUUCAAAAUGUCAUUUGUGAUAUAAUUGAUAGCAUAGAAAAGAACAAUUAUAGAUGCAUGAAAUACAUUAUAGUUGGUUAACCUCUUAUUAAUAAUGCCCUUCGAUAUUUCCUCAGAUGUUCUGUUAUGUUUAAAAAUGUACCUUAUCAUUAUUUACAUUCAUCUGUUAUUUCCUGCUGCUACUUAUACUAAUCUUUAAUUUUUUGUAAAAUUCUUUGCAGUAAAUAGAUUAUUUUUUAUUUUAAUACAUGAUUUUAGUUUUUCACUGUAAGCAUAUUUAUACAAAAGUCUUGUUAAUGUUAUCUAGAUUUUUCUAUUUAAAUAAUUAAAUGGAAGUGUAAUAAUUUAACUAGAGAUAUUUCCAGAUAAAAAAACACACUUAUUUUUAUGUUUAAAAUCAUAUGAAUCUUGUUAGGUGUAGGGAACAAAAUAUACUUUAUAAAAAUGCUGUUGUGUAAACAAAUAAAUAAAACUUUUGGUAAAAACAUGAUUACAUCAAACAUAGCAUUUGUUUAAUUGUAACAUAUAUGAUGGUACAUUGUAUGCUGUAAAACAGAAUGCCAGUAAGCACUGACAUAAUUUCAUCAUGAAUCUUAAUUAAAUUGUGACCUGAUAGUAUAUGUAAAUUACUGUAUUUUUAAGUUGCUAAGAGUACUGUUAAUGUUUACCGCAUUGUUGACAUUAUUCAAAUAAUGACUUUGUGUUAAUUACAAAUUGUAUGAUGAAUAUUCAUUUCUGUGACUUUUUAAGGUAGCUGAAUAUUAGGCAUGAGAUAUUUAUUUAAAAUAUGUACAUUUAUAACCUGUCUUAUAUGUGAUUUAAGGUAAAAAUCUCAUAAAAUACCAUUUUUAUAUCUAAGAAACACUAACACAUUAAAAAUAAAUAAUCUAAAAUAACAAAUUAUUUUUUAAAUUUCAAUCAUUAAAAAAAUUCUAAAUUUAUUUAAAGAUAGUAUAACUUCCUAUUCACUAAAAAAGUAUUAAAAUGUGCUUGUAUUGAUUAAUGUAGGUUGGAAAUUUAUAUUAUAUUACAUGUUAUUUAACGAACUAGGAGACUAUUAAUGAAGUUAAGUCAUAUUGUUUAUCAUGUUUUAAAUAUGGUACUAGAAACUGCAUUUUAAUGCUUUAUAUGAAAAUACCAUUGCAGCUUAGAAGGCAAAUAAAUACUAGCCUUAUUGAUGCUUUAAAUUUAUUAUGCUGGUUUUAAGGGAAGUAAUGACAGUCAUAAGUGCUGCAAUUACAGCAGAAAACACUAGAUUAAUAAUUAUUUUAUUUAACUAUAGUUAAGUAAAAUUAAUUAGUAUCUAAAGGAGAAAUUUAUAAUUCAAUUACGGUAAUAUUUUAGGUACUUAUACCUAAACUAUUGCUGUUAUUUUUUAAUAUUUUUCAUUUCUUAUGGCAAACUAUUUGAUAGUAUGGAAUUGGCAUUUAUCAACUUUUUUUAAUGUUCUUCGUAUAUUUUUAUAUGCGAUGAAUGCAAUGAAAAUUAUCAAAAAUACUUUAUUUAGCUUAUUGAAGAAAAUUGUUUGGUAAAAAAUAAGCAAAAACAGAGUUGAUUUUUUUUUUUUUUUUUUUUUUUUAAAUCCUAUAUGUAUGACCUAAAAAAAGUUCUUGUCCGUAAAUUACACAUGAAGGAAAAAAUUAUUCUUAAUUUUAGAUUGCUAGGAGCAAAUGUGUCUUAACAUUUUCUAUACAUAAUGUAACAUAUGUAUAUUAGUCCUUUUUUGUUUCAUAAACAUUCUGUGAUAUGUAGCCUGUAGUUCAUUAUUUUAUGUUUUUGCAGUUAUAUUAGUUUUAACAUGCUUAAAGUUAUGCAAUGUGUUGUAUUCUAUUUUAUAAAAUAAUUUUCUUUUUGCCAUUGAUUGUUGAAUUUAAAGUUUUUAUUGCACUGCUUACAUUUAUAAAAUACAUAAAAUGAAUACUUGCAACUGAGUGCCAAUAUUUGUCUGUAUUAUGUAGAAAUCGUUUUUGAUAUUGCAAGUAAAAUCAUGUUGAUAUAUAUGCUUAGUUUAGUGCAAUAUGAAACUUUUAAUUUGAAAAAUAUUGUAAUAUUUUGUGGCAAAUUCUAGUCUUCCAAAUAAAUUCUAUUAUAUAUUUA